GACAACUAAUAAUGGUGGUGGUGGGGUGGCCAUGGUGGUGGUGGCGGUGAUUGUUGUAACUGUAGUAGUAGUAGCAGUAGUAGGCAUGUUGUAUUGUUUUUUUGUUUUCAUGAAUUUAAACAGAUAAACAAAGAUGUCGAAGGAGAUUAGUCCAAGAAAAGACUUCAUCGCUGGCUAUUUCGGAGGUGUAGCCAUUGUGGUGGCCGGAUACCCAAUGGAUACUAUAAAGGUUCGAAUACAAACAAUGCCACAGAUCCCGGGCCAGCCUUCACCUUAUCGAAACAUGUACGAUUGUGGAAUGCACAUCAUCAAACGAGAGAGUGUCCGAGGGUUAUACAAAGGAAUGGCUAUUCCUCUGGUCAUCAUUCCACCAAUGUUUGCACUUUGGUUCUUCACAUUUGGCGUCGGUAAAAAGUUACAACAGAAAUCACCCCAGGAACAAUUAAGUUAUUUCCAGGUAUUCAAGGCAGGAAUGCUGGCUGGUACUGUAGCCACAGCUUUUUGUUCUCCCGGAGAAAGAAUCAAGUGUUUGUUGCAGAUUCAGCAAGAAUCCAAUGGAAAGGCUAAAUAUCAGGGACCCAUUGAUUGUCUGCGUAAAUUAUAUAAGGAAGGGGGCAUCAGGUGGAUCUACAGGGGCACCACAGCAACUUUUGUCAGAGAUAUACAUGGAUCAGGAUUCUAUUUCAUGACUUAUGAGUUUAUGCAACGUCUUCUGUCAGAAGACAACAAAAGAUAUGAAUCUCUGAGUGCCAGAAAUACUCUGUUGGCUGGAGGUGUGGCUGGACUGGUCAACUGGUCAUUGGCAUUACCAGCAGAUGUGGUUAAAUCAAGAAUACAAAUAGCACCCAUAGAAAACCAGAAUCUAAGAAUCAAAGAUGUCUUCAAACAAUUAUGGAAGGAAGGUGGAAUCCAAGCCUUGUACAAAGGAACAACACCAGUUUUGACCAGAGCUUUUGUAGGGAAUGCUGCCUGCCUCCUCACAUACGAAAUAGUAGUUAGAGUUCUAAACACUCUUCUUCCAAAUCUAUGAAUAAACACUUUUGUUUGCAGCAUUUAAAUCAGAAAAUAAAAUUUACCAGAUUCCAGAGGACUUAGCAGUUUGACAAACAGAUUAUGAUAAAACGAGGAGCAGACUGGAAUAAGUACUGGGAUUGAUACGACUGGCUAAAAAAUGUUGAACUCCAGCUUGGCAGCUAUCCAAAGACUGAAGCUUGUAAAAUGAUAUAUUUCGUGCCUCCUGCAUGUGUGUGUGUGUGCAUGCGUGCGUGUGCAUGUGUGUGUGUGUGUAUCUAUAUCUGUUUGUCAGUAUAUGUAUGUUUAUGUGUGCAUGUCUGCUUCUUCUUGUGUGUGUGUGUGUGUGUGUGUGUGUGUGUGUGUGUGUGUGUGUGUGUGUAUG